AUGUUGUUUCAUCGCCACGCUAUUUCUUCUCAUCUCAACGCAUCUAGAAGCUCGACUGCAGUUAGGGUUUGGAUUCAAUUUACAGCUUCAAUUUCGAGUCUCAAAGUAGUGUGGCGUAGAGACCCAAAGCUAGACCAAGCAAUCGAGAACGAUAAAGCGUGGAGACAAUGUGCAAAAGUUGUUAAAGAGGUGUUAAACGAACCUGGUAAAGUAAUCCCUCUUCGAUAUUUGGAGAAACGUCGGGAAAGAUUACGACUUACAGUCAAGAUCCAAACUUUUUUAUCCCGAAAUCCAGAGUAUUUCAAAUUAAACGGAAGUCCAGGAGAAGGAAAUUCGUAUUUAGAAUUGGUUACUUGGAACCCUAAUUUUGCGAAAUCAGUGAUAGAACAAAGGGCCGAUGAUGAAUCAAAGUCAACAGGCAUAAAAAUCCGACCAUCUUUCAAUUGGAAGCUCCCAUCAGGUUUUCUAAUCAGGAAAGAAAUGAGAGAAUGGAUCAGAGACUGGAUGGAACUUCCAUACAUAUCACCAUAUGACGAUGCAUCAGAUUUAGAUCAAGCAUCUCAAGAAAUGGAGAAGAGAACAGUGGGUGUUUUUCACGAAUUACUCUCGUUGUCAUUAUACAAAAGAAUCCCAGUCCCAAUAUUAGGCAAAUUUACAGAAGAAUAUAGAUUUUCAAACGCAUUCUCAAGUGUCUUCACAAGGCAUUCAGGAAUCUUUUACAUGUCACUUAAAGGUGGGAUUAAAACAGCAAUGUUGAGAGAAGCUUAUAAGGGAGAUGAGUUAAUUGACAGAGACCCAUUACUAGAAGUCAACGAUAAUUUCAUUUUGUUAUUGGCUGAAGGACAUAAACAGAGGAUAGAAAAACUAAAUCUUCAGAAACAAGCAGUUGAAAACAAUACUACACCAAACAAAGGCCUCCCAAUUGUCAUGCAUAUGGAAUGA